AUGAGCGAAGGUAUCCAAUGUACGGCUGGUGCAAUCCCUGUGAAAAAUGAGAAGGGUCAAAUAUUCAUGAAAAAGGUGAAAGUUCGUCGCUAUAUUGCUGGCAAACGUCCUGACUUUGCGUCCGACUCUGAGGGUGAAAAAUCCGACGACUUCUCCGAUUUCGAAGCCGGUGACGAGAUCUCCCGGACCAAACGUCCUCGCUUCACUCUCCCGUCCUCGCCCAAACAGGAGUCCAUCUCAGUAAUUGAGCAGGAACCAACAGCAGAGGAACUUAAUGAUCCGAGAAUUCGUCGUCUUUUGGCUGUUAGAUCAACAAUAGAAGCAGAAGGGGAUGACGUAGACGAAGACGAUAAAAUCUCCAGACAUCGACGUCUUAGAGCCGACGGAGGGUAUGGGGGGCUGUCAGACAAUGAAGCAAAGGAGGGAGAUGAAGAAUUAGAGGAGGAGGGAGAGGAUGUUGAUGAGGAAGAACUCGCCAGACGUCGUGAAUUGAUUCGGCAGAGAGCCAGGCAACGUCGAGUCGCUGAAGAGAUGGAUUUGGAGAGGGCUGAGUUGAACAGAAUUACCGACGCUGCCACUGCAGAGGCUAUUAAUGAAGAAGAGGAGAUUUAUGAGGAGAUAGAGGAAGAGUACACCUCGUCCAGCUCCGAGGAUGAAAUGGGAGCUCCUAAACUCAAGCCAGUGUUUGUUCGAAAGGAUGAACGCAUCACCCUCCAGGCCAAACAGAGAGCGGACCAGAUUGCAGCGGAAGCUGCUGCCGAGACGAAACGUUUGGCUGAUGAAAGGCGCCGCGACACACUCAAACUCCUUGAAGCUGAAAUUAGACGGGAAGCUGAAGAAGCACGUCUCAUGCAGGAGGAAUUAGACGCUCUUGACUCGGACGACGCGGCAGUCUCAGGGGAUCCUCACAAGGAGCAAGAAGAAUAUGAGCUGUGGAAAGUGCGUGAACUCAAACGAAUUCGUCGUGAUAGAGAGGCGAGAGAAACUAUCGAACGUGAAAGAGCAGAAGUUGAACGUAUUAGAGCCAUGACAGAGGCCGAAAGACAGGCUGAAUUCCGAAAGAAUCCGAAGGAGAUCACCAAUCAGGCUUCGAAAGGCAAAUACAAGUUCCUUCAGAAGUACUUCCACAGAGGCGCAUUCUUUGUUCAAUCGGAAGAGGAUAAAAUCUACCAGCGAGAUUUCACCAAACCUACACUGGAGGAUCACUUUGAUAAGACUAGAUUGCCCGAGGUGCUAAGAGUGAAGAACUUUGGCCGAGCUGGAAGAACAAAGUACACCCACUUGGUUGAUCAAGACACCACGGCGUUCGAUGCUGCAUGGUCGUCGAAUGAUCCACUGGCGAUGAAAUUCCAAAUGCAACACGGAGGUGGUUUCAAGGAGAUUUAUGAAAAGCCUACUGCAAAGAAGAAGAUGAAGAACUAG